CAGGGAGGUAAAAUGCUUUAGAAGACACUGAAUUUAUUUUUUAAAUUCAGCUUUGCUGAAUUGGAGGAAAAAGGAUGACCAUCAUGACUUAAGUGAAUUACUAAAGAAAAUCUAACUAAUACUGCCUGAGACUUCAAGUGAGAAACACAGGAUGCAACCUAAGAUAAGAACAAGAGAGGAAGCUAGAAAUGAGUGACAGAAAAGGAGAUGGUAAGGAUGCUGCAGAGGAUGCUAACUGGUAAAACGAUCAGAAAUCAGCUUACAGUCAGCUUAACGGCUCCUGGUCCUGAGACAGAACAGAAAACUCCAAGAAUGGAUUCAAUACCAGCUUCACCUCCAUCAAGCCCUGGGUCAAUAGCUGAUGACAGUGAACCAGAUUUCAAUGAAGACAGAGGAAUGUCUGAGGAUCACCUACCAGCUUCACCCGAUCCAUCCAGUGUCUCAAUGAGAAGUGACUGUUCCAUGGGUCAUCCUAAUCACUUCAGAGACGGAAAAACAAGAAUGUCUGAGGAUCACCUACCAGCUUCACCCGAUCCAUCCAGUGUCUCAAUAAGAAGUGACUGUUCCAUGGGUCAUCCUAAUCACUUCAGAGAUGGAAAAACAAGAAUGUCUGAGGAUCACCUACCAGCUUCACCCGAUCCAUCCAGUGUCUCAAUAAGAAGUGACUGUUCCAUGGGUCAUCCUAAUCACUUCAGAGACGGAAAAACAAGAACGUCUGAGGAUCAUCUACCAGCUUCACCCGAUCCAUCCAGUGUCUCAAUGAGAAGUGACUGUUCCAUGGGUCAUCCUAAUCACUUCAGAGAUGGAAAAACAAGCCCAUCAAAGAGUGAUAAAUGUGUGACAACAGUGGUCUUGGGAAAACCAUAUGAUGAUCAGCUGAACGUCAAGAAAGAUAAUGGUGUUACACGCCUCUCUGAGGCCUGGAGGAAUCAGAUCUUGGCUUCCUAUGAAAGUGAGCUCAUGAAGGUGGAAUUUGAUUCAGAACUCUUCGAAAUAGCCAAAAAAAGGAGACAUAUGGAUAAAAUGGUGGAAGCCUACAGUGAUUUAUUUGUUACAUCAAAGAAGACCUGGAGAACAGUGCUAACCCAGGGAGUUGCUGGGAUUGGAAAAACAUUUCAUACAAGGAGGUUGAUGGUCGACUGGGCAAAGCAAAAGUCCAACACACACAUAGACAUGAUUUUUCCCCUUCAUCUUGGUGAGCUAAAUGCAACAGAGGACAAAGUUCAAAGCAUUGAGGAUCUGCUGAAUACUUUUGUCAAUGAUGCUGGAUGGCAUCAACUUUCCACUUAUCAGGAAUGUAAAGUGGCUUUCAUAUUUGAUGGCUUGGGAAGCUGUCGGCUGCCCCUUGAUUUUAAAGAGAACAAAAAACUGACUAAAAUAACCGACCGAGCAGUAAUGGAUGUUCUGCUGACAAACCUCAUCAUGGGAAACCUGUUACCUGGAGCUGUGAUCUGGAUCAUCUCUCAGCCCUCAGGAGUUAAAAGGAUUCCAGCGAAAUAUAUCAACAAGGUUCUAGUUUGUAAAGAGAUCAAUGCUCAAGAAAGACUCACGGAAAUUGGAAGAAAUGGGAUCUUGGCCGCUUACGAGACUGAAGUGGUUGAAGUGGAGACCGAAACAGAACUUUACACGAUCGACACAAACAAUAUGGAAUAUGGAGAAAAACUGGUGAAAAGCUACAAUGAUUUAUUUACAGACUUAAAGAAGAAAACUGUGCGAACAGUUCUAACAAAGGGGGUUCCUGGUAUCGGUAAAACAUUUCAAACAAAGUUGUUCAUGGUUGCCUGGGCAAAACGAAAGUCCAACAAGGAUGUGGACAUAAUAAUCCCUCUUCAGUUUAGUGAGCUGAAUGCGAGAAAAGAAGCUCUGAGCAUGGACAGUUUGCUGAAAAGCUUCUUCAGUGAUGUGGCUCAAAAAGGAAUUGGAAACUAUGAGAAGAAAAAAGUGUUUUUUAUCCUUGAUGGUUUGGAAAACUGUGAACUUCCUCUAGACUUUGACAAUAACCUUUGGCUCACAGAUAUAAAGGAGCCAGCAUCGAUGGAUGUGAUUCUUACAAACCUCAUUAAGGGAAACCUUCUCCCAAAUGCUCUUCUGUGGAUCAUCUCUCAACCUGGAGGAGUCCAAAAGAUUCCCGGUGAAUACAUUGGGCAGGUUACAGAAUGUUGAGAGAGCCUGAUGCGCAGAAAGAAACUGGUUUCAUGCCUGAAGAGAAGAUUUAUCCAAGCAUACCCUGAUGGAGGGGAAGAGGAAGUUAGUCAUCCAAACCAGGAAACCACAGAACAUGUCAUGAGAA